AUGCCAGGUUUAGUUCAGGGCUCAGUUGAGGAACACCAUGACCAGGCCAUGACUACAGCUCUGAAGCAGUUCCUUAACUCCUCUGAGCAAACUUAUGAGCAGUUCCUGUUCACCUUCAACUACCUGACUCUAAAGAAUGUGAGGGAUCUGAAUUUGACUGUCCCUGGAGGACACGGAGACUCAUCCCACAGAGAGAUGGACAGCAGCCGAGAGGGACCGAUAAAUGGAGUGACAGAGAUAGAAGAGAGCGCAUUUCGAUUGGAAGGACAGGCAAAUUGUUGCUCAUAUCCUGCUGAUCAGGAAGAGGCGAUCUUGGAUGGUGGAUGUGUUGGUGGAAGACUUUGCAACUCAGGGAGGCCCAAUCCAGAUAGGCCUGUGAAGUUUGAUAAUUAUAUAGGAGAUUCGGAGGAAGACGAAGACAAAGAGGGAAUCGCUAAUGCUACAGGUGUUAGAGAGGAUCUGAUACCUGCAUCCUCUUCAUCUCUCUGUCACCACACACUGCUGGAGAUUGCCUCUACUUUCACAGACCAGAGAAAACACUCUCAGUGCUGCCGAAAUGAAAGCCAUGAGAGUGUUGCUUUCCAUCUGGAUGAGAACUUUGAUAACGACAACAUUGUGCUGUCUCGCAAAUAUCCGAUACAAGAGCAGAAAAGUGGACCAUCUUGA